GAUGCUUCACCAUUUAGUAAAUGGUUAUAAGUGGUAUAGGAAUGAAAAUAUCUUGUCCUGGGCUAAUAAUGACCAAGAAAUGUAAAAGUACCCAAGGGAAAUUCUGACCCAUUCAGAUGUCUACCAAAAACCCUCCAACACCCCCCCCCCAAAAGAAAACAAACCAAAAACUGGAUAUCAUAGUUACUUCCUGUCCUAUUUUUAAAAUGAUCUUAAAAAGAGAAGUAAAAGAUAAAUUUAGCAAAGUUUACAAGUCAGAAGGACCCAUUAAGGAAGUGCAUAAAAGGCCAUGUGAGAUUCAGCCAUGGAUAUUUACAUCAACAACAACAGGGAAGUGGCCUUGAGUCCUGGGUCAAUAUUCUCCCUGCAGUGUUGGUAUAUAAGGGGCUCCCACAGCAGAAGGCGGCAUCAGACCUUCCUCACCUCCUGAGUCUCCCUCCUCACCUCUCCUGAGUCCUUACUCUCCUGACACCAUGGGGUGCUGUGGCUGUGGAAGUUGUGGCGGCUGUGGUGGCUGCAGCAGUGGCUGUGGCGGCUGCGGUGGUUGUGGUGGCUGUGGUGGCUGCGGUGGUGGCUGUGGCGGCUGCGGUGGCGGCUGUGGCAGCUGCACCACCUGCAGGUGCUACCGUGUGGGCUGCUGCUCUGCCUGCUGCCCCUGCUGCUGCGGCUGCUGCGGGGGCUGCUGCAGUACCCCCGUGGUCUGCUGCUGCCGCCGCACCUGUUGCUCGUGUGGCUGUGGCUCGUGUGGCUGUGGCUGUGGGAAGGGCUGCUGCCAGCAGAAGUGCUGUUGCCAGCAGAAGUGCUGUUGCAAGAAGCAAUGCUGCUGCUAAGAGGGCCAUCUGGCCCCUGUCCCUGCACAAGAGAUAAUGGGAAUAUCUUCCACUUCAUUCAUCGGUCCUACAUGUUGUCCUCUGGUAGUCUGAGACUUACCCUCUUGGGUAGCUUUGGUGACUUUGCUCCUGGAUUUAGGUUCCUCUUUUUCCUGCUUUGGGUGUUUCCAAUUUUCCUCCCUGAAAAGUUUCCAAUUAAAUAGGACAUAGCAAAAACAAGGACAUGAAAAUUCCAAAAGAAGAGCUGACAUCACGGAGUUCCAUCAGAUUUGAUCACGUUAUUAUUCUUAGAUGUAUGUGAUUAUUUCCUUCCCAUGUAUGUGCUUUUAUGUCUACUCCUUUUUUAUCUUGUAUUUCUAUUUGUC